ACUUUUCUUGCAAAAAUAAUAAUAGAAAUAAGGAGGUGGUGGGGUUUCCAAAACAAAAAUCGUAACCUUUAACCAUCUGGGGAAGGCAAAAAUCCCAUCCACCGCAACUCUCAGUUCGAAAGUAAAGUUAACUCAUUGGACUUCCUUUCUGCUUUGCCCUGGUUAUACUGCACACAAUCAGGAUAUCAUGCAGACCAUCUCAACCACCAGGGAAGCCCAAGAAUACUGGAGUGGGUAGCCUAUCCUUCUCCAGGUGAUCUUCCCGAUCCAAGAAUCAAGCCAGCGUCUCCUGCACUGUAGGUGGAUUCUUUACCAGCUGAGCUACCAGGGAAGCCCAAGCCUUAUUAUAGAUUUCUCAACAGUGAUGUCACAAGAUUGACCACAUUGAUCACAAUAUGGAGUCUGGAGAACGGUUACCAUCCUCAACAGCCUCCUCUACUACACCAACUUCAUCCUCUAUACCUUCUGUGGCUUCAUCAGUUUCAAAAGGCGGCCUUUCCACUGGAGCUGCUUCACUUAGCUCUACAAUCAACCCAUGUGGACAUUUAUUCAGAGCAGCUGGGGAUCAACCGUUUAACCUGUCCACAGUGUCGAGUGCCUUCCCAAUGGUCAGCCACCCAGUCUUUGGUCUACAUUCAGCCAGCUCAGGGCAUUCAGAAUUUGGUGGUUUGGGGACACUUGGUACACCCACAGCCUUAGCCGCCCAUCCCCAACUAGCAUCUUUUCCAGGUGCAGAAUGGUGGCGAACGACAGAUGUUCAUACACGUGCAGGGGCAACCUUCUUUCCACCGUUACUGGGAAUUCCACCACUGUUUGCUCCUCCAGCCCAGAAUCAUGAUUCUUCUUCAUUCCAUUCAAGAACUUCUGGAAAAAGUAAUCGAAAUGGUCCUGAAAAAGGUGUAAAUGGAUCAAUAAAUGGAAACAGUACAUCAUCUGUAUCUGGUAUCAACACAUCUGUACUGUCCACUACUGCUUCAAGUUCUGUGGGACAAACUAAAAGUAUAAGCUCAGGUGGAGGAAACAGAAAAUGUAAUCAGGAACAAAACAAAACCCAGCCUUUGGAUGCUAGAGCUGACAAAAUCAAAGAUAAGAAGCCAAGGAAGAAAGCUAUGGAAAGUUCUAGCAACAGUGAUAGUGAUUCAGGCACGUCAUCAGACACGUCAAGUGAAGGCAUUAGUAGUAGUGAUUCAGAUGACCUAGAGGAAGAUGAAGAAGAAGAUCAAAGUAUUGAAGAAAGUGAAGAUGAUGAUUCUGAUUCAGAGACUGAAGCACAGCAGAAAAGUAACAACCAGGUGCUAUUACAUGGUGUUUCAGACCCAAAAGCAGAAGGACAGAAAGCAACUGAAAAAGCCCAGGAAAAAAGAAUUCACCAGCCAUUACCUCUUGUGUCUGAAUCCCAGACUCACUCAUCAUUCCAAUCCCAGCAGAAGCAGCCUCAGGUUUUGUCACAGCAGCUUCCAUUUAUUUUCCAAAGCUCUCAGGCAAAGGAGGAAUCUGUGAACAAACACACAAGUGUAAUACAGUCUACGGGAUUGGUGUCCAAUGUGAAACCUUUAUCUUUGGUAAAUCAAGCCAAAAAGGAAACUUACAUGAAACUCAUAGUUCCUUCUCCUGAUGUACUUAAAGCAGGGAAUAAAAAUACCUCUGAAGAAUCUAGUUCUUUGACCAGUGAAUUGCGUUCCAAACGGGAACAAUAUAAACAGACAUUCCCAGCUCAGUUAAAGAAACAGGAGUCAUCUAAGAGCCUAAAGAAGGUUAUUGCAGCUUUGUCAAAUCCAAAACCAACCUCUAGUUCACCAGCACAUCCAAAACAAACAUUAGAAAACAGCAACCCUAAUCCAUUCUUGACAAAUGCACUUUUAGGUAAUCACCAACCAAAUGGAGUUAUUCAAAGUGUCAUUCAAGAAGCUCCUCUGGCACUUACUACCAAAACUAAAAUGCAGAGUAAGAUUAAUGAAAACAUUGCUGCUGCAAGUAGCACCCCUUUUUCCUCACCUGUAAAUCUGAGUACAAGUGGAAGAAGAGCCCCUGGCAAUCAGACCACUGUCAUCCCCUCUCCCUCUCCCAUACUGCAUAGUCAAGGGAAGGAAAAAGCGGUUAGCAACAAUGUAAACACAGUCAAAACGCAGCAUCACUCUCAUCCUGCAAAGUCUUUAGUGGAGCAGUUUAGAGGAACAGAUUCAGACAUUCUUAGUAGCAAAGAUUCUGAAGAUUCCAAUGAGGAUGAAGAGGAAGACGAUGAAGAAGAUGAGGAAGAUGAUGAAGAUGAUGACUCUGAUGACAGCCAAUCAGAAUCAGAUAGUAAUUCAGAAUCAGAUACAGAAGGAUCAGAAGAUGAUGAUGAUGAUGAUAAAGACCAAGAUGAAUCAGAUAGUGAUACUGAAGGAGAGAAAACUUCAAUGAAACUGAAUAAAACAGCUUCCUCUGUCAAAAGCCCUUCCAUCAGUCUCACAGCUCACUCAACACCUCGUAACCUCCACAUAGCAAAAGCCCCAGGCUCUGCUCCUGCUGCCUUAUGUUCUGAAUCCCAGUCACCUGCUUUUCUUGGCACACCUUCUUCCACACUUACUUCAAGUCCACACUCUGGCACUUCCAAAAGGAGAAGAGUAACAGAUGAACGUGAACUGCGUAUUCCUUUGGAAUAUGGCUGGCAGAGAGAGACAAGAAUAAGAAACUUUGGAGGGCGCCUUCAAGGAGAAGUAGCAUAUUAUGCUCCAUGUGGAAAGAAACUUAGGCAGUACCCUGAAGUAAUAAAGUAUCUCAGCAGAAAUGGAAUAAUGGAUAUCUCAAGGGACAAUUUCAGCUUCAGUGCAAAAAUAAGAGUGGGUGACUUCUAUGAAGCCAGAGAUGGACCGCAGGGAAUGCAGUGGUGUCUUUUGAAAGAAGAGGAUGUCAUUCCCCGUAUCAGGGCAAUGGAAGGUCGUAGAGGAAGACCACCAAAUCCAGAUAGACAGCGAGCAAGAGAGGAAUCCAGGAUGAGACGUCGGAAAGGUCGGCCUCCAAAUGUUGGCAGCACUGAAUUUCUAGAUAACACAGAUGCCAAAUUGCUAAGAAAACUGCAAGCUCAGGAAAUAGCCAGGCAAGCAGCACAAAUAAAGCUUUUGAGAAAACUGCAAAAGCAGGAACAGGCUCGGGUUGCCAAAGAAGCUAAAAAACAACAAGCAAUAAUUGCUGCUGAGGAGAAGCGAAAGCAAAAAGAACAGAUAAAGAUUAUGAAACAACAGGAAAAAAUUAAGAGAAUACAACAAAUCAGAAUGGAAAAAGAGCUUCGAGCCCAGCAAAUUCUAGAGGCAAAAAAGAAAAAGAAGGAAGAAGCAGCAAAUGCCAAAUUAUUGGAGGCCGAGAAACGAAUAAAGGAAAAAGAAAUGAGAAGACAGCAAGCUGUUCUUCUAAAGCAUCAGGAGUUGGAGAGGCAUAGACUAGAUAUGGAACGAGAGAGAAGGCGACAACAUAUGAUGCUUAUGAAAGCUAUGGAAGCUCGUAAAAAGGCAGAAGAAAAAGAACGAUUGAAGCAAGAAAAACGUGAUGAGAAAAGAUUAAAUAAAGAACGUAAACUAGAGCAACGAAGAUUAGAAUUAGAAAUGGCAAAGGAACUAAAGAAGCCUAAUGAAGACAUGUGCUUAGCAGACCAAAAGCCUUUGCCAGAGUUGCCUCGUAUUCCAGGACUUGUUCUCUCUGGAAGUACAUUUUCAGACUGUCUCAUGGUGGUGCAGUUCUUACGAAACUUUGGUAAAGUUUUGGGCUUUGAUGUGAAUAUUGAUGUUCCAAACCUGAGUGUUCUUCAAGAGGGAUUGCUAAAUAUAGGGGACAGCAUGGGUGAAGUACAAGACUUGCUUGUGAGGCUCCUCUCAGCUGCUGUAUGUGAUCCAGGUCUAAUUACAGGAUACAAGGCAAAAACAGCUCUUGGAGAACAUUUGCUGAAUGUUGGUGUGAAUCGAGACAAUGUUUCCGAGAUUUUGCAGAUUUUUAUGGAAGCACACUGUGGGCAGACUGAACUUACUGAAAGCCUGAAGACUAAAGCUUUUCAGGCUCACACUCCAGCACAGAAAGCCUCAGUUCUGGCUUUCCUGAUCAAUGAACUGGCAUGCAGCAAGAGUGUGGUGAGUGAAAUCGACAAGAACAUUGAUUAUAUGUCAAACUUAAGGAGAGAUAAAUGGGUGGUAGAAGGUAAACUCCGCAAGCUCAGAAUCAUUCAUGCUAAGAAAACAGGCAAAAGAGACACUUCAGGUGGCAUUGAUCUUGGAGAAGAACAGCAUCCAUUGGGCACACCCACUCCAGGACGAAAAAGGAGGAGGAAGGGAGGAGACAGUGACUAUGAUGAUGACGACGACGAUGAUAGUGAUGACCAAGCUGAUGAAGAUGAUGAAGAUGAAGAAGAUAAAGAAGACAAAAAAGGAAAGAAGACUGAGAUCUGUGAAGAUGAGGAUGAAGGUGACCAAGCAGCAAGUGUGGAAGAGCUAGAAAAACAGAUUGAAAAACUGAGUAAACAACAGAGUCAGUACAGAAGGAAGCUCUUUGACGCUUCUCACUCUUUACGUUCGAUGAUGUUUGGCCAGGAUCGUUACAGACGCCGGUACUGGAUUCUUCCCCAGUGUGGGGGGAUUUUUGUAGAAGGCAUGGAGAGUGGUGAAGGACUAGAAGAAAUUGCAAAAGAAAGAGAAAAACUAAAAAAGGCAAAAAGUAUCCAAAUCAAAGAAGAAAUAUUCGAGACUUCUGAGGACACUUUAAAUUGUUCAAAUCCAGAUCACUGUGAGCAAAAGGAAGAUACUAAAGAAAAAGAUAACACAAAUCUGUUUCUUCAGAAACCUGGCUCUUUUUCAAAAUUAAGCAAACUUUUAGAAGUAGCUAAGAUGCCUCCUGAGUCAGAUGUAAUGACCCCCAAACCAAAUAGUAGUGCAAAUGGAUGCACAUUGUCAUAUCAAAACAGUGGAAAACAUUCAUUGGGCAGCAUUCAAUCAACAGCAACACAAAGCAACAUGGAAAAGACAGACUCUAAUAAUCUGUUCAAUACCAGUUCAGGUGGUCCAGGGAAGUUCUGUAGUCCUCUCCCCAAUGACCAGUUGUUAAAGACAUUAACUGAAAAGAAUAGGCAGUGGUUUAGCCUUUUGCCAAGGACACCUUGUGAUGACACAUCACUUACCCAUGCCGGUGUGUCAACUGCUUCUUUAGUGACCCCUCAGUCUCAGCCACUAUCUAAGUCACCCUCACCCACCCCAGGUCCUCUUCUUGGAUCAUCUGCUCAGAAUCCCGUUGGCCUCAAUCCAUUUGCUUUAUCGCCUCUUCAGGUGAAAAGUGGAGUGUCUAUGAUGGGACUCCAGUUUUGUGGGUGGCCUGCUGGCGUGCUUACUUCCAAUAUUCCAUUUACAUCACCUUUACCUAAUCUGGGAUCAGGGUUGGGAUUGUCAGAAGGAAAUAGUAAUACAUUCGUGACUCCUAAUGUUGCAGCAAGUAAAAGUGAAUCUCCAGUACCACAGAAUGAAAAAGUCUCUUCAGCUCAACCUGCAGUUGUUGAAGUAGCAAAACCAGUAGAUUUUCCUAGUCCAAAACCCAUUCCAGAAGAAAUGCAGUUUGGUUGGUGGAGAAUUAUUGACCCAGAGGACCUAAAAGCUUUGCUCAAAGUGCUCCAUCUCAGAGGGAUAAGAGAAAAGGCAUUACAAAAGCAAAUUCAGAAACACUUGGAUUAUAUUACUCAAGCUUGCAUUAAGAAUAAGGAUGUUGCCAUUAUUGAAUUAAAUGAAAAUGAAGAAAACCAGGUAACUCGAGACAUUGUGGAGAACUGGUCAAUAGAAGAACAAGCAAUGGAAAUGGAUUUGAAUAUUCUUCAACAGGUAGAAGAUCUAGAAAGGAGAGUUGCAUCAGCAAGUUUGCAAGUGAAGGGUUGGAUGUGUCCAGAACCUGCAUCAGAAAGGGAGGACUUGGUAUAUUUUGAACAUAAGUCAUUUUCUAAAUUGUGCAAGGAGCAUGAUGGAGAAUUUACUGGCGAAGAAGAAAGCAGUGCACAUGCACUGGAACGGAAGAGUGACAACCCCCUAGAUAUAGCUGUAACCAGGCUGGCUGAUUUGGAGCGGAACAUUGAAAGAAGGUAUCUGAAGAGCCCCUUAAGUACCACCAUUCAGAUCAAACUGGAUAAUGUGGGCACAGUUACUGUCCCUGCUCCUGCACCAUCCAUUAGUGGUGAUGGUGACGGAAUUGAAGAGGAUAUUGCUCCAGGGCUCAGGGUAUGGAGAAGGGCAUUAUCAGAAGCUCGCAGUGCUGCACAGGUAGCUCUGUGCAUUCAGCAGUUACAGAAAUCAAUAGCAUGGGAAAAAUCAAUUAUGAAAGUUUACUGCCAGAUCUGUCGAAAGGGAGACAAUGAAGAACUGCUCCUCCUUUGUGAUGGCUGUGACAAAGGCUGUCAUACAUACUGCCAUAGACCCAAGAUUACAACUAUACCAGAUGGGGAUUGGUUUUGUCCAGCUUGCAUUGCUAAGGCAAGUGGUCAAACCCUAAAAAUCAAAAAACUUCAUGUCAAAGGAAAAAAGAGUGAGUCAAAGAAAGGCAAGAAAGUGACUUUACCAGGGGAUACUGAAGAUGAAGACUCUGCGUCAACAAGCAGUUCACUGAAAAGAGGAGUCAAAGACCUGAAGAAAAGAAAACUGGAGGAGAGCAAUUCUAUUAACUCAUCAAAGCAAGAAAGUUUUACUUCUGUUAAGAAACCUAAAAGAGAUGACUCCAAGGACCUAGCUCUUUGCAGUAUGAUCCUUACUGAAAUGGAAACUCAUGAGGAUGCAUGGCCUUUUCUACUUCCUGUAAACUUGAAACUUGUUCCUGGUUAUAAGAAAGUUAUUAAGAAGCCUAUGGAUUUUUCUACAAUUAGAGAGAAAUUAAGUAGUGGACAGUAUCCAAACCUUGAAACUUUUGCUCUAGAUGUCAGGCUUGUUUUUGACAACUGUGAAACAUUUAAUGAAGAUGAUUCUGAUAUAGGCAGAGCUGGCCACAGUAUGAGAAAGUAUUUUGAAAAAAAGUGGACAGAUACUUUCAAAGUGAGCUGAAGUUACAAUAAUCUUUUCUUUUUUUUCCCUUUUAAAUAAGGACGAAUGAGACCAGCAAUGUGAACUGUAUUUACACACAUGUGCAAGGCACAUACAUAAUGACUUUUUUUCCCUUAAAAUAAGUAUCACGAAAAAAAAAGUAUCAGAAGAAUGAUACCAUUUUUAAAGGCUUCACUCCUACAACAACCAAGGCCUUUGGUUAUGGGUUUGUGUGAUUUAUCAGCUAAUUUAGGUAGAACAGGGAAGCACACCCAAAGAAUUUUCAAAGGAAAGGGUGUUAUAGUGCAAUAGCAAUUAAAAUAUAUCAAAUCGCACUGAAUAUUCAACACCAGAGCUCUAACAUGGGAAAUGGUUCUUUCCCUCUCAAUAAAUAUCUAUUUUUCAUUUUUUUA